AUGGCCGCCGCCGACCACCGCGCCGCCCUGCCCCGUGAGGAGGAGGACGAAGAGGAGGAGGUGGUGGAGAGCGACGACGAGGAGGAAGGGUGCGAUGUCGGGUCGGAGGAGGAGGAGGAUGCCGCGGGCCUCGCCGGCCUGUGCGACCCCGACGCUGGCUCUGACGAGGACCCCACCUUCGACCCCGCCGCCGACGGGGACCUCGAGGUGGACGCGGUGCUGCGGUCCAGGAUGGCCCGGAUGUCCAUCUCGGCGCGCAACGGCAGUAAAGGAUCACUGAUGCCGAAGAUGGGGAAGGAGGAGAUAGAUCUUUUAGCCAUGGUGGACAAACUGAUGCAAGAUGGCCAGUUGGAGAAACUAAAGGUUUAUGAAUGUAAAGCAUAUUUGAGGAUGCACAAGUUGAGAUUGUCAGGCAAUAAGCUAGUGCUCCUGAAUCGCAUCAGAGAACAUUUUGAGAUGAAAAAUAUGGGAGAGGUGAAGUAUCCAGUGUCAAGCUUUGUUUUGAAUUGUCAAGGUGAUUCAUGCAAAGGUGACGUUGUGAUGUUUGAGCAAAAUAUUUACAAAAGGAAAAAAGGAGCUCCUCGUGGUGUCAAGGGUUGUUUAUGCGGUCAAAGGACAAAUGCAGGUCGAAUAAUCAAAGAAAGCUAUGGCAGUAAGAAGCAACAGCAUACAUUCACUAUUGAGAUUUUAUGGAGUAAAGGGCACAAACCAUGGCCUCCUCUCCAUCCACUCCUCAUAAAGGGUAGAGAUCUUUACAAGGAUAAGACCAUGAGACAGCCAUGGCCAGAUGAAGAGGGCAGAAACAGAGUCCUCCAAGAAAAGCAUGCAAGAGGGUUUGUGGCACGUAAGACAAGGGAAGUCAGGAUUAAGGAGAAAGAGCAUGAACGGGUGAGGAGACUAAAUAGGAACAAAAGCAAAGGACAUGAGAACAUGAAUAAAAAAUCGUCACAAGAGAUUCUUCAACAACAAUCAGUGACCGUGAAUACUGCUCAGCAAAGGUCUGAUGAGAAGAUAAUUCAUUUCUUCCAACAUGGUGAACCUAGGAACACAAGGCAGCAACAGAAAUCAUCAAACCAAAUCCCUACAGAGAAAUUGUUCCAUUAUCUGCCGCAAUUCCCUUACCCUCAACAGCACAAUGAAGUCCUCCAAAAGGAAACAUCAAGAACUAGCACAGCACGGGUCAUUAACCUUCAGGCCCCUUCCCUCCAACAUGCCAUAAAAGAGGAAACAACGCAGCAUCAGCCAGAAUCGAUUAAGCCUACUCAUAUACAGCAAAGUUCUGUGUACCAACAGAAGUAUCCCAAACAUCAGCAACACAAUGAAGUUCUUCAGCGGGCUCCUCCUUCCCAAGAGCAAAGGAUGGCCGUAUCCCAAACAACGGUUGUCAGACAAGACUUUCCUAUCACCCAUCACCUGGCUCCUCCAUCCAAACAUGGAGGAUCAGAGAGCAUGAGGCAGCAGCAGAUAUCUUCAAGGUCUACUCAUAGUCCUUCACAGCAAACUGUCAAAUACAGACAGCAGCCCCCUGAUCAUCAAUACAAGAAUGAAAUGUCCCGGCAGCAGUGUGAGACAAGUACUUCAAGAACAGGCUUCGCAAGUCAUCAGAGUAACCAUUGGGGCUCUACAGACCAUGAUCGUCCAGGCUUCCAGCCUCACAGGGCGUUCACUCAGCGGGCAAAGACACACCAACAUGGUACCAAUGGCAGUGGUUAUCAACAUGCCCGCAUUGACCACAAGCAGCAUCAACCUCUCAGAUCAAGAAACAAGGAUUACUACUGGGGGGACAAAAGUUAUGACCAGGAUUACUCUUUAGGGGACCAAAGUUAUGAUCAGUAUUAUUCUCAACAGAGUCAUCAUCAGAAUCACCAUGGUCACAGGCAAAUGUCCCAAUAUCAGUAUCAUUACCAGAACUACCAUGAUCGCUGGAAAAUGAAUGGGAACCAGUACCAUGCCGAGGAGAACCAUAACCAUACUUACCGUGACCACGGGCGAAUGAAUGGAAACCAGAAUCCCCCGAGGUUUCAACCAUGGCGGCCAUGCCAGUAUUGUCGACAAGGAUACUGCAAGUAUGGGGAAAACUGCAAGUUUUGGCAUGACUGAUGAAUACUAACAAUGUACUUUGAGGCGUUGUUUGACAAAUGAAGAGGGAAAGCUGCUGCCUUUUUGAGGGAGCAAUCUGGUUGGCCAAGUGGGUCAACCUUACCUAGGCGGCGUUCGGCAGCUAUACUAGUUAACUUAUCUUCUCUUCUUUUCUGCGCGCACGCUUCCCAAACUGCUAAA